UGCUGGAGACUGUUGGCGCGGAUGAUAGACUACUACCUGCUUUCAGAGCAGCGACAGGAAUCGAGGGCAGAUUCACUGUCCUCCUGUGUCUGGUGUUUUAUCGCCCCUUAUAGACUUUAGGGGCGUUAUUAGAACGGAGAAGUAACUGAUGCAGGUAGUUAGCAUUUAGUUUAUUAUUUUUGGAAAGCCGUCUAUCGGAGCUUGCUUUGCGCAAGCCGACGGAAAUAGCUGAAAAAUGCCUCCCAUCGAAAAAGACACCGGCAAAAAUGAACUCAAAACUAAGAUACAGAAGCUUAUUGACUCUAACCAAGUGGUGGUCUUCAGCAAAAGCUACUGUCCGUAUUGUAUCCAGGUGAAGGAUUUGUUCAAGGAGCUGAAAAUCGAGUUCAACGUGAUGGAGCUGGACCUCAUGGAGAAUGGAUCCAACUACCAGGAGAUGUUGCUGGAGAUGACUGGACAGAGGACAGUUCCUCAGGUCUUCAUCAACAAGACGCAUGUUGGUGGUUGUGACAAAACCAUGCAGGCUCACAAAGACGGCAGCCUACAGCAGCUCCUCAGCGGGGAAAAGGAAGUGUACGAUUACGACCUCAUAGUCAUCGGAGGUGGAUCAGGAGGCCUGGCCUGCUCUAAGGAAGCGGCCAUGUUGGGGAAGAAGGUCAUGGUGUUGGACUACGUUGUUCCCACACCAACAGGAACCACAUGGGGUCUUGGUGGAACCUGCGUGAACGUCGGCUGUAUCCCCAAGAAGCUGAUGCACCAGACGGCCCUGCUGGCUACAGCCAUCCAGGACGCACGAAAGUUCGGUUGGGAGUUUGACGAGUCGGUGAAACACAACUGGGACACCAUGAAGACUGCAGUCAACAGCUACAUUGGCUCUCUGAACUGGGGCUACAGGGUGGCGCUGAGGGACAAGAACGUGGACUACGUCAACGCCUAUGCGGAGUUCAUCGAACCACACAAAAUCAAGGCAACAAACAAACGAGGGAAGGAGACGUUUCACACAGCAGCCAGGUUUGUGUUGGCCACAGGGGAAAGGCCGCGUUACCUGGGAGUCCCUGGAGACAAGGAGUACUGCAUCACCAGUGACGACUUGUUCUCGCUGUCCUACUGCCCGGGGAAGACGUUGGUGAUCGGAGCGUCCUACGUGGCUCUGGAGUGUGGCGGCUUCCUGGCCGGCCUGGGCCUCGACGUCACCGUCAUGGUGCGCUCCAUCCUGCUGAGGGGCUUUGACCAGGAAAUGGCCAACCGCGCCGGAGCGCACAUGGAGACGCACGGCGUCAAAUUCAUCCGCAAAUUUGUGCCAACGAAGAUCGAGCAGCUGGAGGAAGGCAGCCCCGGCAGGCUGAAGGUGACGGCCAAGUCCACAGAGACGGACGAGACGAUUGAGGACGAGUACAACACGGUGUUGAUCGCAGUGGGUCGGAACGCAUGCACCGAUAAGAUCGGUCUGGACAAGGCGGGGGUCAAAGUGAACCCAAAAAAUGGAAAGAUUCCAGUGAACGAUGAGGAACAGACCAACGUUCCCCACAUCUACGCCAUCGGAGACAUUCUGGAGGAAAAGUGGGAGCUGACGCCCGUCGCCAUCCAAGCUGGGAAGUUACUGGCGCGUCGUCUCUAUGGCGGAUCCACCGUCAAGUGUGACUACAUCCACGUUCCCACCACGGUUUUCACCCCACUGGAGUACGGCGCCUGUGGCCUGUCGGAGGAGAGAGCCACCGAGCUGUACGGCCCGGACAACAUCGAGGUGUACCACAGUCUGUUCUGGCCUCUGGAGUUCACUGUGCCGAGCCGCGACAACAACCAAUGCUACGCCAAGAUCAUCUGCAACAAACUGGACAGCGACCGAGUCGUCGGGUUCCACUACCUGGGGCCAAACGCGGGGGAGGUGACGCAGGGCUUCGGUGCCGCCAUGAAAUGUGGAGCGACCAAGGAGCACUUUGACGCCACCAUCGGCAUCCACCCGACCUGCGCUGAGGUCUUUACCACCUUGGAGGUGUCAAAGAGGUCAGGUGGAGACAUCACCCAGUCUGGUUGCUGAGGUUAAACCCCGCCUGUUUAGCAGGCUGCUCUCAUAUUGGACUCUAUCCUGUCCUGCUGGUUCCCAGCCAGAGGUCACAGGGUCAAAGGUGCUUGUUUAGAUGUCAUACAAAGCACCAAGUGUCUGAUGUGAAGGUAGCCUGCUGAUCGGCGGGGUCACUCUUCUGGCCUCCAUCGGUCUGUCUGCUUCUCAGAGGAGCUCCAGCACACACACCUGUGGGAACCUACAUGUGUGUUUGGAGUGUUUAUGACGUCCUAGCCCGUAACCUAGCACACUCAGGUGGGCGAGGAUCGAUGUCCUUCUGCAGAGGAACCCGAUGGUGGCUCCAAUCCUUCGUCCAAACCCCUCCCAACUGUUUUCCACUUCUUGCAAGCAGAGGGUGCAAAGACUGAAAACGGCUUCAUGUGUGGCUUUAGUGUGUGUGAACAUCACCAUCAUGAUUCCACAUGUUUUCUCUUCAAUUCAACAUCAGUCUGAAAUGUAUGCUUGUUCAACAUGACCAUUUUAAGUUUAGGAAACUUCUAAGAGAACAUAAUCUCUUCUGAGCCUGCAAGCUUCAAGAUCUGCUUUUACCAUUUUCAGUCUGAACAGCUGUGUUGGCCUGAGUUGUAUUGACAGUUAAUUUAUCUUGUGUGUUCUGCCUCUGCAUCGUGUAUAUAAAGGUACAUUCAGUCUUCAGUCACUGUGGGACAUUAAUAAUCUGUAUAAAUGACAAGUUAGUGUCAACUUGUAGACCACUGUUUUUCCUUCAUACUUAAUAAAAGAUUUAUUCACAUUUAA